AUGUUUAGUUACUUUUUAAGCAACAACAACAACACAAAGCAGGAGGAGGAGAAACCACUAAAGACAUUACUCGAUAACCCACCAGCUGCAGCUAAGAAGCAAAUUCUUCCAUUCAGAUUACCUAGUCUUGAUAAAUUGAAAGAUAAGCAUGUCAUACUAGCUAGUGCAUCACCCAGACGCUUGGAUAUACUAGCACAAGUUGGUAUACACCCACGAGUUAUACCUUCAACAUUUGAAGAAACUCUCAGUAAAGAUGACUACCUUCACAAUCCACACGCAUAUCCAAUAAAUACCGCGACUGAGAAGGGUAAAGAAGUCUACGAGAGAUUAGUUUUAGAAGAUGAUAAGAACUCACCAGAUCUCGUCAUUUCAGCUGACACUGUAGUACUCGUACCAGAUGACGCACCAUCUCUCUCAAAAGGACAGAGCUAUGAUGAGGUAAUCAACCAACCAUUAACCUACUCCAUCUGCGAGAAACCUAAAGAUGCCGACGAUCAAUACAGAAUGCUUGCAGAUGCGAGUGGAAGAGAAUUACAAGUUGUUACAGGUGUCUGUAUAACAUAUCCAAUUUUACAAUCACCAGGAUACGCACAAAAGACAUUCGCUAAUAUGACAAAAGUACACUUCUUUGAUAAUGACCACGACGUGAUUGAGAAGUACAUUGAAACUGGUGAAGGCAUCGACAGGGCAGGCGGUUUCGCUUUGCAAGGUUUAGGAAGCUUACUCAUACAAGGUAUUGAGGGUGACUACAACAAUGUCGUUGGUUUCCCUCUCUCUGAGUUUAUCAGAUUCUUAGACACACUCAUUGAAAACGAUGAUGGUGUUCUAGACUUAUAA